AUGGCCGAGCAGGCCUCGGGACCCCCUCCGUCAUCCCAGCAUGACGAUGAGCUCCGACAGCGGGUGGAAGCUCUGGAGCGGGAGAGGGCAGAAUUCGGCAAGGUCAAGCAUCAGCUGGAGGCAGAGUUCAACCAGAAGAGAGCCAAGCUCAAAGACCUCUACUUGGCCAAAGAGCAGGAUCUGAAGAGGCAGAUGUCAGCGCUGGAGUCGGCCCAAGCCGAGCUGAGCUCGGUCCAGGCCCAGCUAGCGCAGGCCCGCUCCGAGAUUGAGACCAUCAAGGCGGUCGCCACGGUGUCGGAGAACACCAAACAGGAAGCCAUCGACCAGGUGCGCGGCCAGUGGCAGGAGGAAGUGGCGUCGUUGCAGGCCAUCAUGAAAGACACUGUUCGUGAGUAUGAGGUCCAGUUCCACCAGCGUCUAGAACAGGAGCGAGCCCAGUGGGGCCAGUACCGCGAGGCCAUGGAGAGGGAGGUGGGAGACCUCAGACGGCGGCUUACCGACGGCCAGGAGGAGCAAAACCUGGAGGACGAUAUGAAAAAGGCUCAAGAGGAUGCAGAGAAGCUUCGCUCAGUAGUAAUGCCCAUGGAACAAGAGAUCGGGACGCUCAAAGCCAAGCUGUCCACGGCUGAAGACAGAAUCAAGGAACUGGAGGCGUCCAAGGUGAAGGAGCUUAAUCACGUUUUGGAGGCCGAGAAAUCAUGUCGCACGGACUUGGAGAUGUACGUGGCCGUGCUGAACACACAGAAGUCCGUUCUGCAGGAGGAUGCUGAGAAACUCCGCAGGGAGCUUCAUGAAGUGUGUCACAAGCUGGAGCUGGAGCGGCAGCAGCACAACCAGCUGAAGCACACGUGGCAGCGAGCCAACGACCAGUUUCUGGAGUCUCAGCGCCUCCUCAUGAGGGACAUGCAGAGGAUCGAGAGCGUGCUCUCCUCCGAGCAACUGCGACAGGUGGAGGAGAUGAAGAAAAAAGACCAGGAAGAAGACGAGAAGGAGCGAUUGAGCCAAGUGAAGGAUUUGCAUGACGAAGAUGCCGCGGACAAUACGGAGCCCUUGGAGGAUAUCUUCCUGGGGAUGAGCAUCGACGAGCCGCCGACCAACCUAAGUGCCCACGGCUCCUUGCACUCCCUGGACGCCGACGUGGUGUCGGGCGGGCUGUUGGACCCCUACAAAGAGAACCUCCGGAGGGUCCAGUCCACAGACAGCCUGGGUUCAUCACCGUCGAUCCAGCAAGGCCUGAACCACAAAGCAAAGUCGGCCAGUUACUUGGACGAGUCGGACUUCGGUCCCCUGGUGGGGGCCGACUGCGGCACGCCUGACGUCGGCUCAGGCGAGGCUUGGUCCGUGGGCUCCGUCAAGCUGACGGCCAGUCACUUCCUCCUCACAAAAGACCAAGAGAAGGCCAUUAAGGCUAUGACACCCGAGCAGGAGGAGACGGCGUCUUUGCUGUCCAGCAUCUCGCAAGCCCCCGACACUGCAUUCUUACCCCCCGCGGGAUACCGACUGGUCAGCGACAGCGAGUGGAACCUGCUGCAACAAGAGGUAAAGAACGCAGGUCGAAAGCUGGGCCGUCGCUGCGAUAUGUGUUCUAACUACGAAAAGCAGCUGCAGGUUAUCCAGAGUCAGGAGGCCGACACUCGAGAUCAGGUGAAGAAACUCCAGGUGAUGCUCCGGCAGGCUAACGAUCAUCUGGAGAAAACCAUGACGGAGAAACAAAGUCUGGAAGAUUCUGUGAAGCUGGGGAACGAGGAAACCACUGCCAAGGUGUCCGCCCUCAUCCAGCGAGUCCAAGAGUCGGAAACGCUGCUCGGCACGCUCCAGGAAGCCUUCGGUGAAGCUAAGAGAAACACGCAGGCGCAGAUGGCUGUGCUGGUGCAGUCACGGGAGCAAGUGGCCGACGAGCUGAGCCGACUCCAGCGAGAUAAUGAGAGUCUGCAGGGAAAACAUCGUCUGCAUACAGAACUUAUGCAGCAAGAUGGCUUCACCAUGCCUGAAACUGUGCAAGAACUUCAAGCGACGGUGCUGCAGCUGCGCGAGGACACGGUGUCGCUACAGACGUCCGCCGAGCAUGUUGAGGAGAAGCUGAAGGCAGAGAUCCUCUUCCUCAAGGAGCAGAUCCAAGCGGAGCAGUGCCUCAAGGAGAACCUGGAAGACACGCUGCAGAUGGAGAUCGAGGGAUGCAAGGAAGAGUUAGAUGUCUCAGAAGCUUGCUUCUCCAGUUUGAAGGCGGAACUGGAGAGGAUAAAGGCAGAGAAGGAACAGUUGCAGAGCAGUUUAUCGCAAAAGACGGAGAUGCUGGAAAGCAUCCAAGCCUUGAGGAUCAGUCUGGAGCAGCAGCUGAAAGAGCUUAACGCAGCCAAGAGUGCGCUGGAGAGUCAAGUGUUUGAAGAGAAAGACAAAGCUCAGCGUUUGCAAACUGAGCUGGACGUCAGCGAGCAGGUCCAGAAGGACUUUGUCAAGCUUUCGCAGACGCUACAGGUGCAGCUAGAACGAAUACGACAGGCGGACUCUUUGGAACGAAUCAGACUCAUUCUCAACGAUACCAACUUCACUGACAUCAACCAGCUUCCGGAUACAUGA